AAAGGAGAAGAGCCCGUGUGGAGCCCCAGCCAAGCAGAGAAGCCCGGCCCGGCCAGCAGGGACACGGAGGUGCGCGCGGCCGCCGCCCGAACUCCUCCUCUCCUUCCGUCGGCCGUCGACCGAUCCAUCUCCACUCCUCCAGGUUCACUUCGCCUCUCCCUCACCCUCUCUCUCCUCGUGCUUCUGUCCCGCUCCCCUCCAGGCUCCAGGUGCCCUGCGCCCCUGCCGACGGUCCGGCGCCCGCCGCCUCAUGAAGGCCAAGGCAUCCGCCGCCGACGAGGAUGACGGUGAGCCCAAGAAGAUCAGGUCCUCACGCAAUAAGCGCCGGCGACGCCAUCACAGCCGCUCCUCGUCUAGUUCUGAGUCUCCGCCCCGCAAGCGCUCCAAGAAGCACAGCAAGAGGAUUCCUGACAAGAAGAGUAAGAGGAACAAGGCUAGUGGCAGCAGCAGCCGCAGACGUCGGCACCGUAGUCUUAGCCCUAGCCGUAGCCUCAGCAGCAGCAGCAACCCUUCCUCAGUAGCCCGACGCAGUGGCUCCUCAUGUAGAAGCAGCAGCGCCUCUGAGAGGUCGGUGAGCCCGCCGCCCAGGAGUCGCUCCAGAGAUGUUAGGAGGAAGAAGGGGAGGGGGAGGGACAGAGAGAAGGAUCGCAAGGGGAGAAAGGUGUGGAGAUCGGCAAGUUCCUCGAGCACUUCAGCAAGUAGUGACAGGAGCAGGAGCAGGAGCAGGAGCAAGAGCAAGAGCAAGAGCAAGAGCAAGAGCAAGAGCAAGAGCAGGAAGCGGAGGACUGUUGGUGGCACUAAGGAUGGCGCUACAAGGGAUAAGAUGGAUGCUGAGUACACCAAUCGCCGUUCUUCCCGGUCUGACAUGAACAUGGAUGAGGAUCUUGAUAGGGAUGGAGACAAACUUGCCAUUGAUGAUAUUGACAGGUACAAGAAGAAUUCAGAAUUGGAGAGCUCGCCUUCCAAAAAUGGCAAUGAAACAGAAGAGAUCGUACCUGCCAGUGGUGGAAAUUCAGAUGCUCAGGAUCUGGAGCUGAUUCUUAGGCAGAAAGCUCUUGAGAACUUCAGGAAGUUCAGGGCAGCAGCGACCAUAGGAGGCAAAACAAAUAAUGGAGGUGCAGAGAAGGAAGCAUUAACAGAUGAUAGCCUAAAGAAUGCCGGCACAAAGGUUGCUGAAGCCACCCAUUUUCAGAGUCAGGGAAGUCUUGGAGCCAGACAUUCUGUUGGAUCACCUAGAUCGCAGAUUUUUGGGAAUGGUGCAAGUCGUACAUGGAAGCAGGACAACAGUGCUGGCAUGAGUUGUGGAGCUGGAUCACCUGGAUUACUUGAGCCUGCUGAGACUGGUGGCCCAACUCAACUGAAGGGAAGAGCCGUAGAAUCAACUCGUUUGGCUUCUCAGUUUUUGUCACCACUUGAUGCUAGGAAUGGUCGCAGUGUAAUGCAAAGGCUGGUGCCUCCUCCUGGUAGUUCUGCUAGUGUAAAUCAAAGGUUAGGAAGCAGUGCAGGGCUGAAUCAUGUCAAUGGAGCUCCAAGGAUUAGAUCAGUUGUGAGCAUACCCAAUAGGGAAAGGCUUGAUGGUAGCACACAUACUACACCCCCUAGGCCCAGUGAGGAUUCUUCCCCUGUUGAAAGCAGCGGCAAAGUUGGACUCCCUUUGACUGACACUAACAAGGCUGAAGGAACUAGUGUAGAGAAUAGAAAAACAAGUGAAGCUCCAGCGUCUAACGGUUCCGUAUUGUCUCCUGCCGAGGACAAGAACCAGCCCAGGAUUGAGGAUAAAGAUGGUUUUCAGAAGAAGACUUUCUCUAGAAUGCAUGAUGGAGAGACAGUGGAGGUCAGCUACAAGGUAUACAUACCCAAGAAGACCCCGGCCCUUGCACGGAGGAAACUGCAGCGCUGAAAAUGCCAAACGCCAAGAAUAUAUAAUUCAUUAGUUUUACUGUCUGCACUAUAGGUUUUGGCUGGAUAUUAUACUAUUUUUGCGAACCACGAGUACACAGUAUACACAUACACAUCUUCUGGAAUCUGGAUAUCUUUGGCCACAUCAAAAUUGCCCUAAAUUGCAGUUUUGAUGGCCGACAGAAGCAUUGACACUUGUUAAAACAUGGCAUAUCUGUUGUUCAACUGAAUGAACAGUUUCUACAGCAAAGCUAUUAAUUUUCCUGGGAUUGGGUCAUUGUAAUCAGCAAAAUUGCCGUCCAAUACUGAAACUCUUGUCAUCUGCAUCUUAGAGCAGGUACAAUAAUAAACUUAUAGCCAAGCUAAUGCUGAUGUUGAGGAGAGAAGAGAGGAGAGAUAUGAUACCUUGGCUCUUAUGUAAGCACCAAGCUGGGCACGGAUGCAUAGGUCGUGGUGGACCUAAAUAACAAGUGUUGUGAGAAGCAAUAGGAAAGAGAAAGUGUUUUAGAGACAAAUAUGAGACAACUUAUUGUAUAACUUGGCUUAUAGCCAAGCACUUGGCUCUAUUAUUGACCUUGCUCUUAUUAUUCUUUAGACAUGCAGUGGCAACCUUAGUACCUUGUAGCAACCAGAUGUUGGACAGACACUGCAGAAUGCAGAUGUGCCUUUUGUGCCUGAAACGAUGUCAGAUACUGGAACGAAUCCUGUUUCAAGAGAUGUGCCCAACUGUACUCUUCAAUCUCGUCGUUCAUAAUA